AUGGCACCCACCAUCCACAUCAUCGAUCCGGAUCCGGAUACGGUCAUAGUGCUCAAGAAUCCGUGUAAAAUAUUUGCGCCUUGGGAUCCAGAGGAGGAACGACGCAAUCCAACCAUGUCUGAAGUGCCAUACAGUGAUGAGCAUCCACAACCUUCCACAUCUCGACCUCAUCAGGAACCUGCACUUGUCGAGACUCCUGCAGACAGCAGCAUGUAUACCUUGGAUGAAGGGUCCACCGCGCUUACAGAGCCUUCCUCUGCUGUGCAGCGUACGCCAUCACCGGAUUUGCCGGAAGAGCCUGAAGAAGAGUCAAUCCAUUACCAUGUGUCAUCACGCCACCUGAUACUUGCGUCGGUCGCAUUCAAGCGGAUGCUAGCACAGAACGGGUUCGCCGAGUCUGUUCGUAACGAAGCCGAUGGCCUUUACCACAUAACGGCUCACGACUGGGAUGCCGAAGCUUUCCUGAUUGUUUUGCGAAUCGUUCAUGGUCGCAACAAGCAAGUUCCACGAGAAGUGUCCUUGGAAAUGCUUGCCAAAAUCGCUGUUCUGGAGGACUACUACAACUUCGAAGAGGCUCUCGAUGUUUUCACUGAGGUGUGGAUCCUGGAGCUUACAAAGAGACCUAUACCCCAAAUGCACUGUAGAGAUCUGGUAUUGUGGGUCUGGAUUGCAUGGGUUUUUGAUAUUGAACAGCAGUUCACGAAAGCCACGGCAACAUCCAUUAGGCAGAUUACUGAGUCCUUCAGGACGUUGGAUCUCCCUAUUCCUGCGAUAGUAUCAGAUGAAAUCGACGCAAGGCGUUACCUGGCAAUUGAGUCUCUCCUUGAGGGCCUCCAGGAGCGUCUUGAGAUGUAUCGUCGGACAGAUUAUACUUGCCUAUGCGAUUCUCACAUGUCUUUCCAGUGUGGCUCCUAUCUUCUUGGAAGUCUGAUGAAGGAAUUAUGUCGUCUGGGUCUGGAUCAGCCCCGACCUGAGAUCCCGUUCCGCGAUUUGAGCUUCAGCGCACUUUGCGGUCAGCCAUAUAUGAUCUAG